UAUAAAAAAGCGGAGUAUAUCCGAAGUUGGGCAUUUGAGAGGUGCAUUGAUAAUAAAUCAUCGAAGACAGAAAAACAGAGAGAAGCUCGUAAAAGUAAAAUGGCAAACAGGUACUGGGUGGUGUCUCUUCCCGUCCAGAACAACAGCUCUUCCUCUACGAUAUGGAACCAGUUGCAGCAAAAUAUCUCCAAACAUUCCUUCGACACUCCUCUUUACAGAUUCAACAUUCCCAAUCUCCGCGUCGGAACCCUAGAUUCACUCCUCUCCCUCAGCGAUGAUCUCAACAAGUCUAACGCUUUCAUGGAAGGUGUUUCUCACAAGAUCAGGCGCCAGAUUGAGGAACUCGAGAGAGUUUCCGGAGUUAAUACUGCUGCGCUUACCGUCGAUGGAGUUCCUGUUGAUUCCUACUUGACUAGAUUUGUUUGGGAUGAUGCUAAGUACCCGACUAUGUCACCUCUGAAGGAGAUCGUGGAUGGCAUUCAUGCUCAAGUCGCAAAGAUUGAGGAUGAUCUCAAGGUUCGUGUUUCCGAGUAUAAUAAUAUCCGAAGUCAGCUCAAUGCUAUAAACCGAAAGCAAACUGGAAGCUUAGCAGUCCGUGAUCUUUCUAACUUGGUAAAACCUGAGGACAUUAUAAAUUCAGAACAUUUAACUACCCUCCUUGCCGUUGUUUCCAAGUAUUCACAGAAGGACUGGCUCGCAAGCUACGAAACAUUGACUAGCUAUGUGGUCCCAAGGUCUUCUAAGAAGUUGCAUGAGGAUAACGAAUAUGCUCUUUAUACUGUAACCCUCUUCAAUCGUGUGGCAGACAAUUUUAGAACUAGUGCACGUGAAAAAGGGUUCCAAAUUCGUGAUUUUGAGUACAGUCCAGAAACACAUGAGGGCCGAAAGCAGGAGUUGGACAAAUUGAUGCAAGAUCAAGAAAGUUUGAGGGGUUCUCUGUUGCAAUGGUGCUAUACCAGUUAUGGAGAGGUUUUCAGCUCCUGGAUGCACUUCUGUGCUGUGCGCUUAUUUUCCGAAAGCAUUCUGAGAUAUGGAUUGCCGCCAAAUUUCUUGGCAUGCGUCUUAGCUCCAUCUGUAAAAGCCGAGAAGAAAGUACGUUCAAUCCUUGAAGGGUUGAGUGAUAGCUCAAACAGUGCAUACUGGAAAACUGAUGAAGAGGUAGGGGCUGGAAUGGCUAACCUAGCAGGUGAGGCGGAUACACAUCCAUAUGUUUCCUUCACCAUCAACCUUAUUUGAGCGCCACUGGAAACAAGCCCUGUCUCUUAAUUUAGAUCCGCUAAAGAUUAUUUUGGACAGCUAUAAUGCCAAAGCCAGACAGGAUUUGAAGAUUUUGUACAUUACUAUCAUAUUUCAUUAUUUGUUAUUAUUUAUAUAUAAUUGGAGCAGUCGAAGUUUCAACGGGUCUAAUGAAUUUCAAGAGCAGAGUUCGUUGCCAGGAUCGUUGGCUACUUGUAUUUGUUUCAUGUAAGUUUUCAUGUUUGCGACGAUGGAACUCGGGAGAACUGAUGCUCACUAGCUCACUUCUUCAGAAAAUAAUACAAACCUGUCACUUGUACGUCGAAAACUUUAUAUUGUGGGGAUAUUUAUGUUACAUCACUUUUUAUAUCGACAUAGUCAGAACUAUAAUCGAUAGGUUGGAAUUUAUUUAUGUUAUUCAAUAAAUCUAUUGUUGAAAAUUAGGGGUGUAUUUGCAUCACUUGUAUGAAUCCUUGUUAUACUUGUCAAUUUAUCAAUAUUUAAAGAUGGUUAGUUAA